CUUUGCAGGAGAAUUCCGUUAUGCAAGACUUUCAUCCGAGACUGAUUCCGAGAAGAUUCGUUUUCUACGCUUAAUUCAAACCUAAUAGCGGUUUUGGUCCUUUAUCAUGGAGCUCAGUGAAGGACCACCUGUGCCAUCAAAAAGAAGAAGGAUCCCAAACAUAAACCUUUUAAUGGCUAUGUUUGCCGCUUGCAUCGGAGGGACCUUCCAGUAUGGAUAUAACGUCUCUGUUAUCAAUGCACCGACCAAGUAUGUGCAAGAUUUCAUCAACCAAACUUGGAUCGAGCGCUACCAAAUUCACGUUUCGUCUGGAGUUCUCACUUUAAUGUGGUCAACUAUUGUGUCUGUGUUUACCCUUGGAGGGCUAAUAGGAGUGUCAGUUGGGGGAACGCUGUCUAUAAAGCUGGGAAGGAAAGGGACAUUGUUGGUCAAUAAUGUUCUUGCCAUGUUGGCUGCCAUGACGAUGGGUCUGAGUUACCCAACAGGACUAUAUGAACUACUCAUCAUCGGACGUCUUCUCAUCGGAUUAAAUGCAGGAAUUGGCCUUUGUGUUCAACCUUUGUACUUAGUGGAGAUUGCUCCAACAUCUAUUCGUGGCUUCAUGGGAAUGGGAACCUCUUUUUUUGUGACGGGCGGGAUCCUUACUGGACAAGUCAUGGGCCUCAACGAACUGCUGGGUAGAGAAGAGUACUGGCCCAUCCUGCUUUCCACUACAUGCAUCCCAGCAGUGCUGCAGCUCAUAUUUCUACCCUGGUUCCCAGAGAGUCCACGCUUCCUGCUCAUUGACAGAGGAGAUUAUGAAGGAUGCAGAAAAGCACUUAGGCAGCUCCACAGUGCAGCUGAUUUUGAUGGUGAAAUGGAGGACAUGGAGAAGGAAAAGAACAACCUGGACAAGGAAGGACUCAAGGCUAAGAAGCCAUGGGAGCUGUUUGCAGACCGAAGCAUACGUUGGCAGCUUCUUACUAUUGUGCUUCUCAAUUCAGCCCAGCAGCUGAACGGAAUCAACGCUAUUUACUUCUAUGCAGAUUAUGUGUUUGCACAAGCAGGAAUUCCCAAUGAAAAAAUACCAUAUGCAACAGUUGGCACUGGUGCCUGUGAAUGCAUCACUGCUUUGACCUGUGGUUUGCUCAUUGAGCAGCUGGGACGCAAAGUGCUGAUUACCGGAGGAUACACGCUCAUGACUAUCUGCUGCAUUUUGUUCACUCUGACCAUUACGUUUCAGGAUGUCAGUCCAUUGUUUCCUUACCUCAGCAUGGCAUGUGUUUUUGCUUUUAUUCUGAGUUUUGGAUUAGGGCCAGGUGGCGUGACUAAUAUUUUGACCAUGGAGCUGUUUACGCAAAAUGCGCGGCCUGCAGCUUACAUGAUUGCAGGAUCCAUGAAUUGGAUUAGCUUCUUCUUCAUCGGCAUGGUUUUCCCUUUUAUUGUGAUUGGACUGGGGCAGUACUGUUUCCUGGUGUUCAUGGCCAUCUGCACCCUGGUGGCACUUUAUAUAUUCUUUAUCAUUCCUGAAACCAAGAACAAAACUUUUCUGGAAAUCCAGAAUGAGUUUAAAUCUGGGGAAAAAAAGAUGAAGAUGGCCCAUGGCACAGAUGGCUCUGGUAUGACGCUGUUGGCAACCUCAAUGUGACAUGAACUGUAUCUCAUGACUCUUGGGGGAAGAACACUUUUUUUCAUUUUUUCAUAGCCUUGCUUGAAUUGUAAUAUAAAAUUCAACUUUUUGUUACUGGAAUGUGUUUUCUCUGCAGUUUCAAUAAAUAUACUAAGGUACUCAAAUAAAGUUCUCCUUUUCAAAACCAGUCAUUAAAGCUGUACAGAGAUCUUAAAUUAUUUUUUUAACUUGUACUUACUGGAAAGAAAGUCGAAACCUGUAUCUGCACUUUAUAUGAAAAGGAAGCAAAACAUCACAUUAUUCUACAUACUGUAUGACACACAUUAUAUGAGAGGCCCAUACAUUUUUUAGGGCCCUAAAUCCCAUCUACUGACCCUGGAGACCACCAAAACCUGGGGGAUUGAAGUUGGAUGAGAGGACAUAACAAAAAGUGUAAGACAGGACAUAACAAAAAGUGUAAGACACAGUAAUAGAUAAAUUGUCUUAUGAGAUCAAAAACAACCACAUAACAUUUUGCUUUACUUUGACAAUGCAGUUACAUUCAUAUAUUGAGUGUGUCGCAAAGAUAAUAAUUUAAAGAAUUUAAUAAGGACAUUUGCGUUGUGAACUACAUAAGAGAAAAAGACAUAUAACCAGGGGCGCCGUAUAGCUUUGUAAACACUAUACUGCAGUGGGGGUUGAAUAAUUUUGAACACAAUUGUAAAUACAAUGAAAUAUUAAGAAGAUGAUAUAACAGUGACAUUACCCAUAAUGACGGUUUUAAGCUUAAUUGAACAUUGCAUUUUUUUUUAUUCUUAAAUUUUUCUGUAAAGUCACUCUAAGUCUUACAUGUAAGCCUAUGAAUCGUCACCCUGCGAUAAAAAAUUUCCUACAAGGACCAUGAAGAUAUUGGGUGUGUACUAUGUAUAUAAUAACGGAGCCCCUAAAGGGACAUCGACAGAAAUGAAAUAAAUUUAAACCAUCUGGUGCGCCCCAGAUAGUAUGUGGUCCGCAACAGAAACAAUCUGGUUAACAUUUAGGCAUUAUAUAGCAUUUAAGCAAGCGGACUUUUGCUAUGCAAGUUAGCCAAUUGUUCUUUUGUUAUACUUAGAUCCUCAUUUAUUUAUUUUUCUAUAUCUUUUGAGGCUAAGCUAAGGCGUGCAUCUGUAUUAUCAUUUUUUGCAAGCCGAAACUGCUGGUGUCCGAUUCGCGCCUGAGCUUAGCCUCAAAAGAUAUACAACCCCUAGCAAAAAGUAUGGAAUCACCAGUCUCGGACGAGCACUCUAUUAGCACUUUAUUAUGCAGAACAAACUCAGGUAAAAAGUAGGACUGUUAAACGAUUAAAAUUUUUAAUCGAGUUAACCACAGCUUAAAAAUUAAUCGUAAUUAAACGCAAUUCAAACCAGCUCUAAAAUAUGCCAUAUUUUUCUCUAAAUUAUUGUUGGAAUGGAAAGAUAAGACAAAAGAUGGAUAUAUACAUUCAACAUACUGUACAUAAGUACUGUAUUUGUUUAUUAUAACAAUAAGUCCACAAGAUGGCAUUGAAAUUAUUAACAUUCUUUCUGUUAAAGGGUUCCACGGAUAGAAAGGCUUAGUAGUUCUUAAAAGAUAAAUGUGAGUACAAGUUAUAGUAAUUUUAUAUUAAAACCCCUCUUAAUGUUUUCGUUUUAAUAAAAUUUGUAAAAUUUUCAAUCAGAAAAUAAACUAAUAGCGCGCCAUUGUUGACGUCGCAGAGCGGGACGUCACAUGGGCUCCCUGCUUUUCUUCCACAGUGUCUUUAACUACCUAAAGUAGUGAUUAAAAUACACCACAAGGUGUCGCUGGCGAGUUUUAAAUGAAUUAGAGAUCUAGCCAAGGCAAAGUCUGAGUAAGUUUUAUGUGUAUUUUGCAGAGCUAUUUUGAUUGGGAAUGUCAGUUCUCUUUGCAUUGAGCGCUUUUCUUUUUGUGAACAUUAUUUUUUUUGAGCGAUAGAAAUAUUAUUUUUGUUGUGCUUUCACUAAAUGAUCAUG